AUGAGUAAUUGGUUGAAACACCUUGUAUUUUUCAUUUUCUUUUGCGUCGUAACAGCUUCGGCUCUGCCGUCAGAUUAUGUACGCUUUUUGAUUCAAUGUAAGUUUGAUUUAGAAAAAAAAUAUCUGAAAAUAUUUGCAAAUUGUUUUUUUCAGCUGCUCGUGAGAACAGUGAUCACAUAAAUGAUAUUGACAGUAAUGAACGAUUCAUGAGAGUUAAUCGAGAUCAGGUAACUUUCAAAAAUUAAUCGUGAAAAACUAUUCACAUAAAAUCUAAUGUUAUUGUUUUUGCAGAUGGAUGCGGUACCGUUGAACAAUGAAUUUUUGUUGAACAACGCUUUCUUCCGAUACGGAUAA